CGUCUAUCCGCGAUUCCUCCCCCCACCCCAUUCUUCUCCCCAUCACACCUAUAAAUUCAGAGUCGCAUCGAGCUCAUUCAUUAUUUCUUCUGGUCGCGCUCAUGGCUCCCCUGACCAGGGUGACGGGCCCGGGCGCCCCGGCCGGGUUCACCUCCGUUAAUUCCCAUCAACAAGCGCCGAACAAUACCGAUGUCAUCGAAAUUGACGACGAUGAUGACGAGCCCAUGGAUGAAGAGGAGGAUAAUGAACCUAACGACCACCCAGGGGAUAUGGAAGAGGAGGAGGAGGAGGAGGAGGAGGAAGAAGAAGAAGAGGAAGGCGAUUACGGCGACGAAGAAGAUGGUUCGGAGAACAACUCCGCUGAGGAUUCGAAUCGCAGUGAAUCGCCUUUGGAACUGAGUCCCCCUCCUACUGAGCAAAACGGUGUGACUGAGGCUACCCCGGACUUGUUCACUUCGGCAGGCGCGCAAGAAGCUCUGCACCCCCUUCGUCGUACUGCGGACCGAGUGACGCGUCAAAUCGAGGCCUUUGCCGAGAAGUUAGACCGCUUCAAACAGCACGGAAACCGAUCGGACGAGAAGCUUGAGGACUACAGGGCUGCAUACCAACUGGCCAGAGGCUACCAAGAACUUGCGCAAGACGCGAUUGAUAAUAUCAACAAAGAACACACUGUGAAACGCGCAAAGCAGGGUUAUGGCGCCAACCUGGCCAACGGGACCAUGGACACCAAAACACAAGAAGAAUUACAGCGACUACAAUUGGAAGCAAGCACCUGGCAAUUAUUCUGCAACAUUAUUUCCAUUGCCAAUCCUUUCCGCGCAGCCAAUUGUAAAGAGAGACAAGCGACUGCCUUCCAAAAACUGCACCGCUACUCGACCGAUCGCGAAGUAUGGGAACAGUUCCUCGAUACUGACCCGUACGCGGUGGAAUGCUUGGUGGUCCUGAAAUGGCUUGAGUGGAACGCUCAAGUCUCCUUCCGGGAUAUGGACGAGUUGAUCUCGGAGCUGGAAUCACAAGCUGAACGAGGCCAGGGAUCGUGGUCCUUCAGCUGGCUAUACACGAAGGAGACGAUCAAAGGACACAAGCGUUUGCGAGCCUGGCCUCAGCCCCUCGAGCCCAACGACACUGGAAUUACCGCCUCUUUGCUCAAGUCGGAAGACUCAGAAUCUCUGGUUACUCAGCUGGAUCCUGAUGCGGUCACGAGGCAGAAGCAGAACAUUCAGAGAAAGGAUCAAUACUAUGAACGUGCUACCUGGAUGACAUGCUGGAAGAUGCUUAGACAGGGGGAGUCUUGGUCGAAGAUUCGUGAGUGGUCUGCGGAAAGGUUGGAGCCUUGGAGGGCGGUCAGCAUUUGCGGUUCUAGUGUCGACAAAAAGACUUACAAAGGACGAACACCCGUUGAUGAUGGUCACACGCGCUUCAUGAGUUGGCGGUCUCAGGAGUCUUGGAGUGCUGCCUGCAGCGCUUUAGCGCGGAAUCCAAAGAUUGAAGACUAUGAACGGGCCGUCUUCUCGUUGCUCUGUGGCGAAAGAGAGGCCGCGUUCAAGGUCUGCCAGAGCUGGGAUGAUUUUCUCUUCGUCCAUUUCAACAGCGCCGUGCUCUCACGGUAUCAAGGAUUUUGCAAACAGUUCAAACGGAAGCUGAGCUACUCGCCUACCAUCUCGGUAGCUUUCGUUGCCGAGCCGCCGGGCCAUGAUGACGUGGGGAAGUUCAUACAAUUCACCAGGGAACAUGAACGCGUUGGAUUCGAGGCUCGCAACCCGUACCGUACCAUUCAGUCGGCGAUUCUGUCCAGAGGGUAUGAUAAGUUCUUCCUUCCGUUGGCCCACGCCGUGUCCCAGGUUGCGAACACCACAGCGGAGCGGGCUUCUCUGGUUCCCACCUUGACGCCUAUGCUCGUGGAGGACAGCUUGCUCAUUACCGCAAGGGAUCGCGAUGCUCUCCGGAUCGCAACCCAUAUGCUCAUUGCUGCUCGGCGCCUUGGAUUGGUACGGUCAGACACGUCGUUCUACGAGUCUACGUCCGUGAAUAUUAUCGGCUACAUUUCCAACCUAGAGAGCGCUGGCGUCGUUGAUCUCACGCCGCUUUAUGCUUCUCUUCUACCCCCUCAGCAGAUGCGAAUUGUCCUGGCACGCGUCUUGAUUGAGGUCGUUGACUCAAGAGAGCGGAAACUCAUCGUCCAGGCUAUGGAAAAACAUGGGAUUGAUGUGGAAGAAAUUUUGGAGACCCAGUGGCAGUAUGUCAGCCAACAAAUCUCUGCCAUCGACCAUUCAAGGACAGCGAAGCGUUCCUCCAAGGUUGUGACACGGAAGGAUGGCGAUCGCGAGUUGGCUCCAGUAAAGCAGGAUUUCAUUGGAACCGAGAUCUCCGACGUAGAUGAACGGGUCAUCCGAAGUCUCGAGUGGCUCCGUUUCGUCGACGGACAAUGGGGCAGGAUCUGCCAGCUUGGAUCCCAGGUGUACCGGAGGUUCUACAAAACCGGCAACCUCGCCGCCGCGAGGGAGCUAAGCAUGCGCAUGAAUCUUUCCGACAUCUCACGGGAGUCUUUUGGAUUCGACGUGGCAGAGUUCGGUUUCACCAUGGAGCUCGAGCAGGAGUUUGCUGCUUCAGAGCCCUCCAGUCCGGUCAAAACGAGGUUGUUCAGUUCUCCCCACAAACGAAGCCGCUCGAAGACAAACGGCAUCCCACCUGCGGGUGACACAAAUCUCCUGCUACAACAGUCACAAAUCAUGCGUGACCUGGAAAGCUUGAUCGUGGCGUUCGAUGGGAUCGAAAAGUUUGCCACUGCUCUGGACAGUUUCGAGAAGACAAGACGCAGGCGGGAUUCCGGCACCCUCAAAGAUCUCCGUGAGGAGGUCCAGGUUGCAUUGGAUCAAGUUAGCAUACCUAUCGACGUCAUGCUCGGCGAUUGGCUAGUCGGCGCUGAGACUGCAUCCGAGCAAGCGGAGUUAGAAGAAAUUCGAAACAUGUACAUUCCCGAGGUUUUCCUCGAAUACCACAACGCCCUCUUCGCAUCAGCGCGCGUCCUCAACAGCGAGAACCUUGUGCAGUGCAUGAAUCUCGCGAUCCAGGUUUCGGAGAAUGAGCUGCUGACGCGCAGCUUUGUGGCCUCGCGUCGCAUGAAAGAGCUGAUGGACGCGUUGGCAUUAUCUAGCAAAGCUAUGGUGAACACCCGCGCCAAGCCCGGGGUGAGGCUACUAGGAGGCGAGUCGUUGGGAAUCUGGAACGUGGACAAGGUUGAGGGGGCCGAGCACGACGACGAUAACGCCGCCGCGGCGCAGUGAAACACACUUCAAGAUUAAGACGUGUACUUACUGUUGUACUAUGACACAAGAAAUGAACGACGGAUUGGCAUGCGUGUAUGUACAUUAGCCUCCUAUUUGCUUUUCCUUUCUUUUUUUUUUUUUCCCUUCUUUCUGGUCUCAAUUUUUCGUUGUGUGUUUCUGGGAUUUUCGAAGACGCGGUACUUUGCAUGUACGCUGGGUUGGAUUGAGGGAGGGACUUUGAGAGGAAGCU